AUGGCUCCUAAGAUCGCAAUCGUCUUUUACUCCAUGUAUGGCCAUAUUCAGCAGCUUGCUGAGGCCGAGAAGGCUGGUAUUGAGAAAGCCGGCGGGACCGCCGACCUGUUCCAGAUCCCCGAGACUCUCCCCCAAGAGGUCCUGACCAAGAUGCACGCCCCUCCCAAGUCUGAUAUCCCGGUGCUCAGCGACCCCAGCACCCUUCAACAGUACGAUGCUUUCCUCCUGGGCAUCCCGACACGGUACGGCAACUUCCCCGCCCAGUGGAAGGCCUUCUGGGACCAGACCGGCAAGCAGUGGGCGACUGGCGGUUUUCACGGCAAGUACGCCGGCCUCUUCAUCUCCACUGCCGGUAUGGGUGGCGGACAGGAGUCAACGGCCAUCAACGCCAUGAGCACCCUCGCCCACCACGGCAUCAUCUACGUCCCCCUCGGUUACGCCAAGGCGUUCGGUAUCCUUACAAACCUGGAUGAGGCCCGCGGUGGCAGCCCCUGGGGUGCCGGCACCUUCGCCGCCUCCGACGGCAGCCGCCAGCCGUCCGAGAAGGAGAGGGAGCUGGCCACCAUCCAGGGCGAGGAGUUCUACAAGACGGUCGCCAAGGCUUUUGGUAUGACUCGAGAUUUGGCUCUAGCCGAAGAACUAAAGUGGAUGUCCUACGGGGCGUAUCCUCCACCCGGUUCGUGUCUCGGUCUUGAGGGUGACUCACAAGGUGUCACUUUCGAGAUGCCCACCGAACCUGGCCCGGGCGUGUCGAGCGUGGUUUCUCCGGCUAACAAGGGGAACUCUUGGGACCUGACCGCUGAUAAAAUCUUCAGGCCCAUCAAACUCCCAGCUACCCGGGCCAAAGAGGCUCACGUCCAGAAAGCUCGCUGCGAGGCAUCACGUAUCGUUGGUAAUGUGUAUGCAUCUUCAGGCCUACAAGUAAACCCGGAUCACUGGGUACUGGAGUGGGCUCUUGUUAAGCUUGACCCUCGGCGAAUUACAUUUGCGAGGUUGCGCAGGUAG